AUGCGAGCAGCUCUCCUCCUGCCCGAGCCGCAUACCACGGGCCUGCCAGACGCGCGAAAGCGAGCAACCCGCCUCCCACUGAACCGAGCAGCGUCCCUCAGCCCUGCCGGGCCUUCAACUGGCGUGCUAGCAGCCACCCAGAAGCCUAACAUUUCACUGAUUCCCCCAUGGAACACAAUAUUUAGAGAAGAGAAUGUGACACUUAUAUGUACUGGGAACAACUCCCUUGAAGCCAACUCCAUUAAGUGGUUCCUCAAUGACACCAUUUUAUCAACGACGACUUUGAAUUUGGACAUCGUGAAUGCCAACUCCAAUAACAGUGGGAAAUACACAUGUCAGAGCAUAGAAAGUGAAGUGAGCAAACCUGUGUGGCUGAAAGUCUUCAGUGACUGGCUGCUCCUUCAAGUCUCUGCCGAAGAAGUGACAGUGGGUAUGCCCUUAGAAAUCAGGUGCCACAGUUGGAAGAAUUUGGAUGCCUACAAAGUGAUCUACUACAAGGAUGGCAAAGCCUUUAAGUACUGGUAUGAGAAUCAUAACAUCUCCAUUCAAAAGGCCUCACUGGAAGACAACGGCACCUAUCAUUGUGAGGGAUUUAUUCAGAAGUUACAUUAUGUCUCUAAGUCCCUCGCAGUUUUUGUAAAAGAUAAAAAAAUUGACAACUACUGGCUGCUAUGUUUUAUCCCAUUGCUGGUGGGGAUCCUGUUUAUUGUGGACACAGGAUUGUUUAUCUUGACCAAGUGGCAAUUCAAAUUGUUCUUGAAGAUGAAGAGGACCAAAAGAGGCAACAAACAUCUGAAACCACAACCUAAUCCAGAUCCCAAAGAAGAUUGA